UAAAUGUAUUAAAAUAGGUUUAGUAAAAUUGGUGACAAUGAUAAACGCGGUGCCGCUUGCCUGUUUCCUGUCUAUGAUACGGCCGCCCGGGGUACAAUUUGAUAACGCGUUACUCCAAAUAGCCCCCGUGGACAAGACCAAGUGUCCCCUGGUCCGGGACACGACUGACGUGCAAUUCCGUCUCUACACCAGGUACAACCCGACCCAGUACCAAGAGCUGAUCAUCGAUGAUGAUGAGAAACUGUUCGCGUCCCACAUGAGCUUUAAGGAGAAGACGGUGUUAUACUUCACAGCUUUCAUGGAAGAACCUGACGAUGGAAGCGGAUUGCUGGUCCGAGAAGCGUACAUGUUACGAGGCGACGUGAACUUCAUAAUUCUGGACGUGUCCCAACUGGAGGCAGGCCCCUGGUACUUCACCGCGGCGGACAAUACCUGGUACAUCGGCCGUUUCGCCGCCAAAUUCAUCGACUACUUAGUAUCCAGAGGCUUGGAUCUGUCGAAGACACAUCUGGUUGGGCACAGCUUGGGUGCACACGCGGCGGGGGUGGCGGGCGCAUACAUAACUUCAGGUCGCGUCUCAAGAAUCACCGGCUUGGACCCCGCCGGGCCGCUCUUCACCAAGUUACCGCUCGAACAGCGCUUGGACCCCUCGGAUGCCCACUUCGUAGACGUCAUACACACUGACGCUGGGAUAUUUGGCUUCCCCGUCUCCUUAGGACAUGCGGACUUCUACCCCAACGGUGGGAUCAGCCCACAGCCGGGCUGCGAGCUAGAAGUGGUUCUGCACCAACAGCAGUUCUUCAACAAAUGUGACAGAAACAUGAAAACGCAAGGAUACUACACAUUCGACUUACUACCCGUCAAAGCAGAUUCAAAGAACAUGUCAAAAAGAGCCGACACACACAAACACAUGACACAAACGGCACAACCGGAUUCAACAUAUGAAAAUAACAUGAAUAUACCCCAAAAAGACAUAAAAGAUGACUCACACCCGAUUAAAAUAAGAAAAAUGACACAAAAUCAAGACAAAAUGACCAAGAAAGCACACAAAUAUGAUAUGAACAAUAAAGACUCAUACAAACCCACUACAUUUGUUCCUAAUGAAAAAAAUGUAGAUAUAUAUGAUGAAAAAGAUUUAGACUCAACAUCUGAUGAAGAAACGGACGAAUCAAGCCUCGAUUUAACAGCAGAAGAGACAGAUUUAGAAACAACACUAACACGUAUUGAAUUAAGAAACAUAGACAAUAAAGAAAAAACUACAAAGCAUAAGAAGUAUCAAGAUUUUAAUAUAAAAAGAAAAACAUUACUAGACUCAUUUGCAAACUCAAAUUUAAACUGGAAUCUAAGAGAGACAUACUCAAUUACAUCAAACACGGAACCAACUCAAAAUGCAGCGAGAAAACGCCAAAAAAGAUUCAUAAACAUCUUCCAAAAAUCAGAGGCCGCUGAAAAUGAGAAUUUUCUAUUUAAAAUUUUGGAUUUCUUGAACAAGAAUCGCAGACACGCCUUACCUGUUCUCACGGUUAUGAGAGAGAUAAAUACUUUAGUUAAAAGUGCUAAUGGAGAGUUGAAUCAUUCGACCAAGGAAAGAAAUAAUUAUAUAGGGCUUAACCCUCCUGUGUUGCCAUUGGCUACGUAUAAUUUAGAGUUGGGAAGCGAUUCGAAAGUGAAAGCAUUUUUGAAAAGGUUGCUUGGGUUGAAGGUGGAGGGAGAUAGGUUGACCAUUACUGGGAAAUAAGA